CCGUGGGUAUGAAGUGCCGUGAUACUCUGGCCACCUCCUCUCCGUGGGUAUGAAGUGCCGUGAUACUCUGGCCACCUCCUCUCCGUGGGCAUGAAGUGCUGUGAUAUUUGCAGGAGUUUUGGUUAGGAGAAGGGGUAUUUGAUCACCUUCUGUAGGAAGUGAAGCCUGCUGUUACACAAUGGAGAAACAUUCAGAUCUGCAGCUUAGUCAUUUUUAGUAUUUUCAACCCUCUGUACAGGCUGUGACAUGUCUAAACGUGAUGUCAUCCUCAGACUGGAGAGAGGGGAAGAGCCAUGGACAUCGUCUGCAAGUCAUGUCUCCUUAGGGGAAAACUGGAAAUCAAGAGAGUUUUUAACGAAAUUCAAGGAACAUGAAGAAAAAUACUCUAGAUCAUUUUUAUAUAUUAACUAUAGACAAAAGACAGUUACUCUAGGGAGCAAUAUUGUUAAUUCCAAAGACCUACCUCCGAAGUAUGACACUCAUGGGAAUAGUUUAGAAAAUGUUUCAGAAUUAAUCAACUGUAAUCUAAACCCUGCAAGAAAGAGAUUCAGCGAGUAUGAUUGCUGUGUGAAAUCACACCCAAAGCCCAUGCAAGAUGCGGGACAUCCUGACAUCAAAUCCCACACUCAGAGUGUCGAGUCCUGCAGUCAUGGGGACGCACUUGUGCAGCCUGAGAAGGCAGUAACUGCAGCACAGUCAUCGGGAUGGAAGGUCGGUCAAUGAGACAGCGUUUCUUAGAAAGGGAAGCUCACUUACACUCAGUAGUGUGUAUAGAGAGGGAAAUCCAUUUAUAUAUAACAAAAAGAAAAGGGCAUCAGAUACCGAAAAGCAACAUACAUGCACUGAAUGUGGGAAAGCCUUCUGCAGAAGUCAGUGUGGAUUCUGCACGUGGCGAUUCACACGGAGGAAAAGCCUUACCAAUGUCAUCAGUGUGGAUGUGCAUUUAGAAGGAAGUCAUAUCUCAUUGACCAUCAGAGAACUCACACUGGAGAAAAGCCCUUUGUUUGUACUGAGUGUGGUAAGUCCUUCCGCCUAAAGACAGCCCUCACAGAUCACCAGAGAACACACACAGGGGAAAAGUCCUAUGAAUGUCCACAGUGUAAGUAUGCCUUCCGACUGAAAUCACACCUUAUUCGUCAUCAGAGAACUCACACAGGAGAAAAACCGUAUGGCUGUAAUGACUGUGGCAAAUCUUUCCCAAAGACAACUCUGUCCCUCCAUCAGAGAAUUCACACAGGGGAGAAGCCCUGCAUUUGUAAAGAAUGUGGGAAAUCUUUUCAUCAGAAAGCGAACCUCGCUGUCCACCAGAGGACUCACACAGAGAAGCCCUAUAUCUGUAACGAGUGUGGGAGAGCAUUCUCCCAGAAGACAACACUUGCUCUUCAGGAGAGAACUCACACUGAGGAGAAGCCCUGUGCGUGUGGUGAGUGUGGGAGGCCAGAAGACUACCCUGUGGCACGUCAGAGAACACACACAGGGGAGAGACCUCACGAAUGUCCUCAUUGUGGGAAGGCCUUUAGGAUGGAGUCCUACCUCACUGAUCAUCACAGAACCCACACAGGAGAGAAACCAUAUGAAUGUAGUGAGUGUGGGAAACCAUUCAGCCAGAAAACAAACCUCAACCUGCACCAGCGGGUUCACACUGGGGAGAAACCGCAUCUGUAUAACGAGGGUGGGAAGGCCGAGGGUUCACACUGGGGAGAAACCGCAUCUGUGUAA